AUGUCUGAGGUAUCUCCCAUUUAUUGGCAUCUACCCAAAAGCCAACGUGAGCAGCUGCCUAGUGGACACCUCCCCAACGCUGCAGUGUCCGAAUGCAAUAUAGACACCCUUCCAGAUGAGCUCCUAUUCGAGAUAAUCAACCAAGUCUUUCUCGAUGACGUCGACGACGUUUGGACGAUCAGUCUCACCAACAGACGUCUGCAUCGGGUUGCCAGAGAAAUCUUGUAUAGCUCGUACUCGACUAGAGAUGCUAUUCCAGGGCUAUUCAUCCGUACGCUUGCGUCCUCUCCAGAUCUUGAACGGUGCGUCCAGCAGGUUGAAUGGGAGUAUGAAGGCCAUGCAUUUAAGUUUCCCAAACAACUUACAACUGCUGAACUUCGACAUAUCACCGAGAGAGUAGGCUUUGACAAUGUAGGACGAAGGGAAGUUGUGGGGGAAAGUAGGAUAAGGAAGCUGAAUACGUGGCUCGCGGAUCACAGGAGAGAGGAUCAAUUCAACAUAUUCAUGUUGUUCACUCCGAGAGUGAAAAAGGUCGAGAUUAUACCUAGUCUCUGGCCGCGCAAGGCCGUGUGGUUCAAGACAGCACUAGAAUCCCAGAUGUUCUCCAAUUUGCAGGAGGCAUCUAUUAUUCUUGAGCAGAUACGUCUUGGAAACAUCCUUUCGUUGUUCCUGUUGCCGUCCUUGAGAACUCUCAUCUUGGGCCAUGUGGGAGUACAUCGCGACAGAGAUGGGAUAGGUCCACGCCCCGAAUGGGAAGCUGACAAGACGUUUUGGGACCGACUAGAGAAAGACGGUUCCAGUCUCGAGAACUUGAUACUGCCUAAUGUUGGCGGCGACACGCUGGAUCUUACUCGAGCGCUAGAAUCAUUCCAGGGCCUGAAGAAGUUCAAAUUUGCCUUCCAUGGGCAUGGUAUGGGGCCAGAUGACGUGAACGUACGAACGCUUCUACGCGCAAUCGCGAAUCACCAUGAAUCACUCGCAUCACUAGAUCUCAACGACUUCCGCAUAGACAAGGAUCCGAACACUUUCGAAGAAUUAAGAAUCUUGAAUCGUUUGGAACGGCUUCAGAUGUGCGGGCAGGUCUUUUAUGGGGUAAUAAGAGAUGAAUGGGGACAGCUCGCCGAGGUGUUACCAGGACGUUUCAAGAAUCUACCCAGGCACAUUAGAUAUCUCCGCAUCUCCGCAAUGGAGGAUGGUCACAACGUGCCCGAGUCUUUGCUGCAAGUUUUGAUCAAUAUGGCCCCUACGAUCCAUACCAUAUUCUCCAAUCUGGAGAAAAUUACGUUCUUCGAUUGGCAUCCACAACUCGGUACCUUCCCGUGCCAGAAGUUCUUUGCAGCUUUGCAGAAUGGACUGGCAAAAGCUGGGGUCGAGCUGGAGUCGACCAAAUACCACCUUUUAUUGUUCCACGAUCGCGCAGUUUCUCGGUUGCCCAUCAUGAGUAAAAUGUGGGAGGUGGAUCCGGAGACGCGCAGCAAGCUGCUGGAGAUACAAAAGACCAACGACAACAACAAGUGCGUCGACUGCAAUGCGCCGAGUCCGCAAUGGGCUUCGCCCAAACUUGGUAUCUUCAUGUGUCUCUCCUGCUCUGGUGUACACCGUGGUCUUGGUGUCCACAUCUCUUUCAUCCGCAGCAUCACCAUGGACGCUUUCAAGGGCUCAGAACUCGUGCGUAUGGCUGCCGGCGGCAAUAAGCCAUUCCAAGACUUCUUCAAUGAGCACCCGUCGAAUACGAAAGACGGACGGACAUUCGAGGCCUCUUCCAUAUCAGAGCGAUACGAUUCAGAGGCGGGCGACGAGUGGAAAGAGAGGCUCAGCUGUAAAGUUGAGGAUAGGGAGUUCGACAAGAGCAAUUUGCCCAAGCGGUUACCCAAGAAGGACAAUGCAUCUGCAGCGGGUACGGGAGCGCCAUUGAGCGGACGAGCCAGUGCGGCGGGCAGCAGAAGCCAAACACCUCUGGGAAAGACACGAAGCAACGACCCAGGUUUCCAACGGUCUGGCUCGCCUGCGCUCGGCACCAAUGCUAUGUCGUCGCAGAAAGCCAAGAACGAAGCCUACUUCGCCAAGAUGGGACAGGAGAACGCCAACAGACCAGAUGGUGUUGCGCCAAACCAGGGAGGCAAAUACGGUGGCUUUGGUAGCGAGCCAGAUUCCUGGAAGAAGGACGACGAGCCGGGUGCGCCACCUGCACUUGACGACUUCCAGAAAGACCCUCUCGCCGCACUUACCAAGGGCUUCGGAUGGUUAGGCGCAAGCGUGAGCAAGGUGGGCAAAACGGGGUAUGAAGGCUACGUGAAGCCCGGUAUGGCAAAGCUUGCCGAGGCAGACCUCGCAUCCCAAGCUCGCACAACCGCUGGCACCCUAGGCCAGACCCUUCAAUCAGGCGUCGCAAACGCAAACACGCAGUUCACGCGAUUCGUCGAAGGCGAUUCCUCAACACAUUCCCCUGCUACGUCCGGCCGGCGCGAACCCGAGCGCAAAGACUUCUGGGAGAGCUUCGGUGCGGCCCCCAAGGGCCCAGCGAAGGAUAAGCAGGACUUCUGGGAUGAGUUUGCUAGCGCGGGUGAAACGAAGACAGGCGGAGGAAUGGCGCCGAAGAAGCCCAGCGGCAUCGGUACAAGCGCAAUGAAGAAGGGCGGCGCUGGAGGUGGGAUGAGUGGAGGUGCGAAGAAGGAUGAUGAGUGGGGGGAGUGGUAG